UGCGUGCUUCGGCAAUGAUGUGUUCCGGGUAAUGAACUAAUGACUCAGUCGAAGUUGCUCUGAAAUCUUCUGCUCGCUUUCAAUGCGCAUCUGGGCCUUUGACGAGAGCCCUUGCACUCUUAGAACUUGGGACGAGGCAACCGCAAGCUUCAUAUUGUGUGGUAAGGCAGAUGCGUAAUCUAUGAGCCAUCCACUGUUACACGGCUUCUCAUACAGUUCUCCGCUCUACUUCUUUACACGGUACCAGCAAAACCACAUGCUUGUAUAAAAUGUACUGCAUAAUCCAUUGGAUUGGACAAUCCGAUUAUAAAUAACCACAGAGCCUGCAUGCAUCACUGAAAAGAUCACUUACACUUGAAGCUUCCCUCACGGGCAUGCCUCUUUCAGUAUGAGUGCAAGAGGUGAAAAAUAUAGGUGUUAGGAAGGAAGGCGACAAUGACUGAAUGUGACCUCGCAAUAUGUUUGGGUUCUGGCAGUAAAUGUCUCACCUACACCUUUGCCGCUUAGCUCGUUGUAUUUAUUACUCUCUUGGCGCCAGAUCAUGUUGUUUGGGCGGUAGGAUUAUGAUAUAAAACUGCUCUUUUUUGGCUUGCAUGGCAUCAUUGUUUCAUUUGUACCUGACGAGAACGAUAUUGCCGAACUGAUGCACGAUAGUAUGGCCAAUCCGCCAGAUCCGAGUCCACACGUCAGCAUUCUGCAUGCUCGCAAGCAUGUGUUAUGUAUGUGUGUUCGUUUUGUAGAUGGCAACGCCGUACCCUUACCGGUGCCGGAUUGCUGGUGUUCUAUACAUUACUAUGAGCUGAACAAGCCCGUUGGUGUACCGUUCUUGGCGAACAGCAGCAAGAUUUCCAUUGUUGUUGAUGGCUUCACAGAUCCUAGCCAGCAGCAGGACCGAUUCUCACUGGGCCACCUGUCCAAUCCAAGUCGUGAUAGCACCAUUAACAGAGCCCGCAAGCACAUUGGCAGAGGCAUGCGUGUGGUCUAUGUUGGCGGUGAAGUGUUUGUCGAAUGCCUGAGCGAGGCCAGCCUGUUUGUGCAGUCGCGAUACGCCAAUGCCAUUAAUCACGUCCACCCAUCUACCGUGUGCAAGCUGACCAAGACACAGAACAUGAGGGUCUUCAACAACGUAUGGUUAGCUGGAGAUCUGACUGGAGCCGUAGACCAAGGAUACGAUGCAGUCAACAACCUUGUCUCUCACUGCCAUUUCAGAGUGAGCUUUGUCAAGGGCUGGGGCUCAGGGUAUCGCCGACAGGAGGUGACAAGUACUCCGUGUUGGAUUGAAGUCACUCUGCACAGCCCACUCCAGUGGAUCGACAACGUCUUGCUGCAAAUGCAUCCUGACCAUCAGCCGCCCAGCUCUACAUCCUGAAUGCUGCUGCUAUCAGGCCGUGCGCUACUUUGGUGCGUUGCGGGUGGCGGUGUGUGUGUGUGCGCGCGCGCGUGCGUGUGUGUGGGUGCGUGGUUGGUGCGUUCGGGUGACUCUAGAGAGUGGUCAGUGGUGAAGAAGAGUUGUUCCACUGAGGAUUAGCAGGCCGACACAGCAUUGAGGACCUGGCUGCCAGAGGUAAAACAUAACCAAAAACUUGAGUAGUGAUCGUAGGCGAUCGCAUGUGAUCUCUUGUCUAGUCUUGCUCGUGCCCCUGUGAGGGGUUUAUUACCGGUCUAUUUCUUUACGUAGCCAGUAGCGAUUGAUCAGACCGUUGAAGCAAAGCUGCUGCAGUUUACCACUGGACAGCAUGCCCUGCCAUUGACAUUGUAGAAUAUUCAGCAACAGCUACAACAACAACGAUGGCCAUGAUGACGACGACUCUCUGUUGUCUGCUGAUAUUAGGUUUGCCCCAGUCUAUUUUCGUAUAAAAAUGUAACGCAAUUUCUAUGCUGCAACAGUACUUUGAAAACUCACUUGCUAGGUAUAGCAUUACUAUUCGUUGCAGGCUUCUGUCCGUUGGCAUAAUGAACAUUGGCAUAAUGAACAUUGGCAUAAUGAAAAGACGAUACACUGUACUGUAAUUAUCGUAGUCUGCUCUCGUCAAAGAUUGUAUUUUGUUUUGGUUUUUUUGUAUUUUGUUUUUGUUUUUUGUUUGUUUUGUUUUUUUUGUCACAUUGCACGUACCUACGGAAGAUGGGGAAACAAAACGAAGAAAAAAAAAACACUAGGCGUGUAGGCGCUACAUCA